CCCAAGGUCCCGGGCCGUGUCCUGCGGGGUGUCCCCGUGUCCUGCAGGGUGCCCCUGUGUCCCUCAAGGUGUCCCUGUGUCUCGCAAGUUGUCCCUGUAUCCCUCAAGGUGUCGCCGUCUCCCUCAGGAUGUUCCCGUGGCUGCUCCUGGCACUGAGCGUCUGCUCCUGCCCGUGCACAGGCAUGUCCCCAGCUGUGUCCCUAACUGUCCCUCCACGCCACAUGGAUUCGGUGCUCGACAUCCUGGACGCCCUCGAGUCCCCGGCCCGGGGCGGCUCCCCCGGUUCCGCCGCAGCCUUGGGGAGGGGGCUGGGGGUCUGCAGCACCCCGGGGUGCCGGGCGGUGCUGGGCGAGCCCCCCGGGACCCCCGAACGCCCCCUGGCUCUCACUGCGGAGCUCCUGACCGAGCUCCUCCGCCACGACCCGGCGACACCGGAGCUGGGGGCGGUGCUGACCCCCGACGGCUCCACGGUGGCCCUCGGUCCCCUCCUGGCCGGCAUCGAGGCGGGGAUGAGAUCCGGUGGCUUUGGGCCACCCCUCCCCACCCUCGACCCGCCCGCCGACCCUCUCUUGGCUGUCACCAUCGCCGAGGCUUUGGGGACAUCCUUCCUGCUGGCGCAGGGGGGUGACAACAACACCACCACGCUGGGACCCAGCGGCUGCUGGGACGACGUGGAGAACCCCCAAAAUUACACCUUGAGGGGUCCUCCGUCCCCGGUUCCCGACCCUGUGGCCGUCGGGGCCAUGGAUGGGGUGAUCCUGGGGACGCAGAUGGCGCGGGGACCUCUCCCGGUGGCCGAGCUGCUCCGGGGCUACUACGGAGUCGGGAAUGGCUCAGAAGCGGGAAGAGCCCCCAGCAGUCACCGACGCCGGGAUUUUGGGGCGCUGGCGGGACAGGAGCGGCUGGAGAAGGAGGUGGCGGCGGUUUUGGGGGUGCUGAGGACUCUGUCACCCAGUCCGGAGCUCCUGAGGGACAUGGGGACACAAGAGGUGGUGGUCGUGGCUCGUCGGGCAGCACAGGAAUUCAGCGAGCGCUACGUGGAGUGCCCGGCCAUCGUGCCCCGCUGCCUGUGGGGCGCCCGUCCCUACCGGGGCACCCCGGCCCCACUGCGGCCCCCGCUGGGCUCGGUGUUCCUGCACCACACCCUGGAGCCGGCACGGCCCUGCCGCACCUUCAGCGCCUGUGCCCGCGCCAUGAGGGACAUGCAGCGCUUCCACCAAGACACUCGUGGCUGGGACGACAUCGGCUACAGCUUCGUGGUGGGCUCAGACGGGUACCUGUACGAGGGCCGGGGGUGGCACUGGGUGGGUGCCCACACCAAGGGCUACAACACCCGGGGCUUCGGUGUUGGCAUCGUCGGUGACUUCACGGCCACCCUGCCGGACCCCGACACGCUGGCCCUGGUGCGGGACGAGCUCCUGCCCUGCGCCGUCCGCUCUGGCCACGUCCGGCCGGACUUCACCCUGCACGGCCACCGCCAGCUCGGCCGCACCGACUGCCCCGGCAAUGCCCUCUUCCAGGAGAUCCAGGGCUGGCCCGGCUUCCAGGGAACACCGCUGCCACCAGGGCUCAGGUGAGGAGCAGCCCUGGCCAGGGAGCCUGGGAUGGGCAGAGGCAGGAGAAGUUGGACACUGGUCUAGAUGGAUGCCAGAGCCGUGGAUCCCAC